AUGCCCCAUUUUCUGCUAGGACACGCAGAGAGAAAACGUCAUUUCACUAUUUUCCUUUGCGGAUUCUUCUUCCUUCUUAUCGCGUUGGCGCAUCUCGCCUCUCGGACUGGUUGUUUUACUGCGGACGGUGAAGCUAUGUCACAUAUUACGGUGAAGCACACUUUGAAUCCGUCUGAGGAGCAGAUUGAAGAGGCGGUUGAGGUGUUCGCGGCAAACAUGUUCGACGAUCCGGCUACGAAGGCCUUCUGCGGAGGUGAUAUGAGCUUGAUGCACCCAUUUACGCGAGCUGGGAUACGGGCCGGCAUCUUGGCUGGUGAAUUCUAUGCGGCCACAGACGAAAGUACUGGUCGACUUGUAGGUUAUGCGCUGUGUCUGCCCCCUGGCCAGGUGUUGCUGAGCACGCCGGAGCAACGUGCACUAGGCUUUGAUGACUUCUUCGCAAAGCUGCCGAAAGAUGUGCAGGAGUUUUGGGGAACUGUUGGAAAACGCUUUGGAGAUUUUCUUGCAGACACACUAGGACCAACAGGUAGAAUUGACUCGUGGUAUAUGAACCACAUAUUCGUCCUUCCUGAAUGGCAAGGCCAAGGGAUUGCAACAUCAGUAAUUGCACAGGUUCGCGAGAAGGCAGUAAAAAAUGGCGACACAGUGGCACUCUCCGCCACCAAUCCGUACAAUGUCCCUAUCUACCAAGCUCUUGGGUUUGACCUCAAAGGAGAGAUGAUGGUGACCAGUGCCUGGGGCGACUAUCCGAUUUAUGCAUUUUCCCUCGAUGCUACGGCCGUGUAA